AUGAACCAGCUCCCACUCGAAUUGCACCGGGAAAUAUGUCAGGACUUAGUCAAUGAAGGCGGAAGAGUACUUAAUCUCGCCCAAAGCGAUGGCAACAUAAAAGUCAUUAAGAAGAACGGGAAAGUCCUCCAUGGUUGCUAUCAAGGCCUCUCCAGCCUGUCUCGAACAGAUAGAUACUGGAAGGCCGCGGCUAAGCCGUUUCUCAAGCAACUUGAAGAUGCUAUCAUUCAAAACGGGAUCAGAACACCACCAUGGCAGAUGCGGUCGCGCCGACGACUUACAGAACACGAAAAAGACGAGCUUGGGCUCCCUCGUGGUCGUCAGAGGCGUGACCUGACGUCUAAACACGCUGUGGAAAUAAGUCUGCUACCAUAUCUUGACUCGAUAUGCAGGCUACCAAAAAGUUUGCGAGCUUGGGCUGUUGAAAGAACAAAGCCUACCGAUCCGUACAAGUUUAGAAAUGAAGGCGUAAGGACGGACAGGCGCUGGGCAUGGUUCAAAUCUCCGAUUGCAAUGGAGGCAUUUUGGCGUCAUGUCAUGAACUAUCCUGGGCGAGAAUCCCCCAGAGUACCAUGGUUCAUGGACGUCUAUCUCAGAUGGAACCUCGAUUGGAUUGAAGGCGAGGACUAUCCCGGAUCAUACAACGUACUAGAAGGGCUGGCUCUAGGAGAAUUUCGAGGCCUUUUAUGCUUGCUGAAGGCCUUUAAUCCUAGAUGUAUAACGCUUGCUUCAAGACAGCCGAAUAGGCAGAUGGUUCUAAGCUCGCGGAUCCUGAACAAAUAG